AUGACCACCUUAAACAACACUGGUGUUAGCCACACAGUCUUCCGCUUGCUGGGCAUCCCUGGCCUUGAGGACCAACACAUGUGGAUUUCCAUCCCCUUCUUUAUCUCCUACAUCAUUGCCCUGCUUGGGAACAACCUGCUCAUCUUCAUUAUCCUCAUCAAGCGCAGCCUCCAUGAACCCAUGUACCUCUUCCUCUGCAUGCUGGCUGGAGCAGACGUUGUCCUCUCCACGUGCACAGUACCUCAGACUUGGGCCAUUUUCUGGUUCCAUGCUGGGGAGAUCUCCCUGGACCGCUGCAUUGCUCAGGUAUUCUUCCUCACUUCCACUUUCAUGUCUGAGUCAGGGAUCUUGCUAGUGAUGGCAUUUGACCACUACAUGGCCAAAUGCUACCCAGUGAAAUACACCACUAUCCUUACACAUGCACUGAUGGGGGAAAUUGGUGUGACUAUCUUUCUGAGAAGUUAUGGCACAGUUUUUCCUGUAAUAUUUCUUCUGAAAAGACUGAUUUUCUGCGGAAGUAACAUCCUCCUAAACACUGCUUGUAAGCACAUUGUCUUGGCCAAGUAUUCCUGUAAUGACAUACGAGUAAACAUCUGGUAUGGGUUUUUUGUCCUAAUGUCAACAGCGGUCUUAGAUGUUGUGCUAAUUUUUGUUUCAUAUAUGCUUAUUCUCCACGCUGUCUUCCACAUCCCAUCCCGAGAUGCUCGCCACAAAGCUCUCAACACGUGCGGUGCCCAUGUCUGUGUCAUCAUCCUCUUUUAUGGGCCUGGGAUCUUCUCAGUUCUCACUCAGCGCUUUGGACGCCACAUCCCACUCCAUGUUCAUGUUCUGCUGGCCAAUGUCUACAUUCUCAUUCCACCUAUGUUAAAUCCCAUCAUUUAUGGCCUUAAGACCAAGCAGAUUAGAGACCAGGUGGUUUGUUGUUUCCAAAACAGAAAUGACUUUAAUCAUUGA